AUGAACUGGAAAAAGGAGUACUUGGAUGUGAUAUUGGUUCCAAGUGGGCUAUGCCUUGUGUUUGGUUACCAUAUCUUCCUCAUCUUCAGAUGCAUCAGAUGUCCUCAAACUACUGUCAUCGGGUACGAGAACCACUUCAGACUAGCUUGGGUCGUGAGAAUGUUGCAGACAGAUGCAAAGAACAGAGGGAUUCCUUUGCAGGUGAUCUCGAGCACCAUAACAGCAGCAACCUCCUUGGCCUCAAUCUCCUUAGCCCUCAGCUCCCUCAUCGGUACUCUAGUCGGUAGCUCCCUCACGCACAUCCUCCAGAGCCCCUUCAUUUACGGGGACACAAGGCCGACCAUCAUCUCUAUCAAGCACAUUAGCCUGCUCAUUUGCUUCCUGGUGGCCUUUGCCUCGUUUAUUCAGUGCGUCAGGUGCUUAGUCCACUCUAACUUCCUCAUCUCCAUGCCAAAUAAUGAUAUCCCCGUGACGUAUGUCCAGAGGGAACUAAUAAGGGGAGGUCUGUUCUGGUGCAUUGGUCUAAGGGCAAUCUACUUUGCCACCAAUUUGCUCCUUUGGAUCUUCGGGCCCAUCCCGAUGUUUGUUUCCUCAGUGGUGAUGGUGGUGGUUCUGUAUUUCCUAGACACAAACUCGACUCCGCUGCAUCAGUUCCAAUCUGCUCACCUGUUGUAA